AUGUCUGCCUUUGAAACUGGAGAUAUGGCUGCUGCCUUGCCCGUCACAGCAGAAACACCUGAUAUUGUCGCGGUAGAGCGCAAGAAGCCUCAAGAAGCUGGCUGGGUUGCUGUCAAGAAAUAUGACUACGAAACUUACAACAAGUCCACCAAGGAACAAGCAGAAGCCCGUGCUGCCGUUGCAGAUGGUGCCGAGGGUGAUGCUGAGCCAGUAGCUGAUGCAGUUGAAGAUGCAGAGCCAGAGACACUUGCUGUUGGCGGUCUUGGUCCUGGAGAAUGGGCCUCAAGUGGUGCUGUCUAUGAGUGGAACGAAGAAUAUGGUGAUGUUGGUCCUAGAUUCCCGGAUCUGGAGGAUCAAUUGUUCGGCAAUAAAAACAACCAUGUUCGCCAGGGUCUCAACUUUGAGAGCAUUACCACCCUUAAGGUCACACAAGAGGGGACUGUCAAGAUUGAUCCCAUCCGCAGAUUUGAGGAUGCAGGUCUUCACCCAGUCAUGUUGGAAAACAUCAAAUUGGCCGGUUAUCAUGUUCCAACCCCGAUCCAACAGUACUGCCUUCCAGCAGUCAAGAAAGAUCAUGAUGUAGUUGCUUGCGCUCAAACUGGCUCCGGCAAGACUGCGGCUUUCUUGAUUCCAAUCUUGUCAAAAUUGAUGGGUAAGGCCAAGAAGCUUGCUGCCCCUCGUCCAAACCCAGCCACCUAUAUGCCAGAUCGUGACAACUAUGUCAGAGCUGAGCCAUUGGUCGUCGUUGUCUGUCCCAGUCGUGAGCUAGCAACUCAGAUCUUUGAUGAGGCUCGUCGCUUCUGCUACCGCAGUAUGCUUCGACCUUGCGUCGUUUAUGGUGGCGGUCCUCUUGUAGAGCAACUUGGUCAACUAGCCAAGGGCUGUGACCUUCUCAUUGGUACCCCUGGUCGUCUUUGCGAUAUGAUCCGCCGUCCUCAUGCUCUCACUCUCAAGCGCCUUAAGUACAUGGUUAUUGAUGAGGCAGAUGAGAUGUUGGACUCCAGCUGGGACGAGGAGUUGAAGCAAAUUAUGAGCGGUGGUGACCAAGAAGAGGGCAAUAUCAACUAUAUGAUGUUCUCUGCCACUUUUCCAAAGAUGGCUCGUGCCAUUGCCAAGGAACAUCUGUCUCAUGACCAUGUUCGCAUUCGUGUUGGUCGUGCUGGUAGUUCUCACACUAAUAUCAAGCAAGACAUCAUCUAUGUCGAUGCUUCCAACAAGCGUCAAGCUCUCUACGACUUGAUUCUAUCAACCCCACCUGCUCGUACCAUCGUCUUCGUCAACACAAAGCGUGCUGCUGACGAAAUCGAUGAUUUCUUGUUCAACAACGAUCUUCCUUGUACAUCCAUUCACAGCGAUCGUACUCAACGUGAGCGUGAAGACUCUAUCCGUGCUUUCCGCAAUGGAAAGAUGCCUAUCUUGAUCGCUACUGGCGUUUCUGCCCGUGGUCUUGACGUACAUAAUGUGAUGCAUGUCAUCAACUUCGAUUUGCCAUCCAAUGAUCAUGGCGGUAUUGAAGAGUAUACUCAUCGAAUUGGUCGUACCGGUCGCAUUGGCAACAUGGGUCUUGCAAGCUCGUUCUAUAAUGAUCGUAAUGAAGAUAUUGCUGAAGCUUUGGUCAAGACAUUGUUGGAAACUCGCCAAGCAGUUCCUGACUUCCUUGAGGCUUAUCUUCCUGAAGGCUUUACCAUGGACGGCCAAACCGGUGAUGUCGCAACUCUCAAUUUUGAUGAUGAUUCAGAUGAUGAAGAGGAAGGUGGCGAGAAUGCUGAAGGUGGUGCUGAAGGUGGUGCCUGGGGAACAGAAGAUGCUGCUACUGGUGGUGGUUGGGGUGCCGCUGAAACUACUGAAGCUGCUGCAGCUGAUGAUGCUUGGGGAGCUCCAACUUCCGGUGAUAACGGAUGGAAUUAA